AUGGCUCGGCGACGUGUGUUGUUUCCUUUGCAUCUUGCGAUCGCUAAUCGCCUCCUUGGUUCUUCUCCUCACUUGUUUAUUGACUUCGUUACUGACAUUCUCAUGCAUUUUCCGUUUGAAGUCAGUCAGCACACACCGUCAUUUGAGGAGUACUCGCUUAAUUUUUCACCGGGUGUCGUUUUACUGUCGCGCGAGUCUGCGAAAAACUUUUCAUCACAGUACAUCCCCUAUUCACGUAUUGUCAGUGAGAACUUGGCCAACGAGAAUUCACGGUCUUCUUCCAACUUCGUGGAAGCAGCUGAUGUGAGUGACAAUAGUAGGGAAGUGGAAUACAGUCCCCUAAUUCCUCCGGAAACUGUAGAUCAACAUGGAAUCUCUCAGUCAAGUGGGGAAACAUGCAUCACCACAUCUUCGGAGAGAAUUGAACACCGGAGUUUCUCUGCUGCAUCUUCACACGGAUCGAAUAAUGACGAGUCCUUCCUGGACGAUGGCCUUCCAUCUGGACUUUUAAGCCAAUCAGACUUCCCAAACUUGCAUCGCUUCUUCAUCCUCAUCAUUCUUCUCAUGGUCAGCAUGUUCUUUGGAAUAUGUGUUUGUCUUUGGCGGUUGGUUCGGGAGACGGAGGCUGGUGUCUUUGUGGUAGUAGAGUUCCUUGAUCAGGUCUUCAAUUUCGGUCAAGGAAUCCUCAUUUUUGCUGCCUUUGGUACUGACGCUGAAUUUAUAAUAACUCCCCUUGCUAAUUGUGAUAAGGUUACCGGCCUCGAUAUCAACUGUAUUGUCUAG